UCACCAUCAGGCGCUGCUCUUUGCCCGCCCCUCGCCCCCCACACGGCCGAGGCGUUCUCGAGGCUACCCGGGGCAACUUUGCCUCUCUCUCGCUGCUAUUCAGGGUCCGGGGCGAGCCCACUCGCGGCAAGGUCACCACCACCACCACUCCUCUAGCCGGGACAGCAGCGGCCUCCGUCGCGAAACACUUUGAAGCUACAUUAAUAUUGUGGUGGUUGUUGUUGUUGUUGAUAUCAACGAGGUAAAUUAAAGGGUGGUUGUUGUUGUUGUUGUGGUUGUUGUUGUUGUUGUGGGGACUUCCCCGCCCUCCGGAAGAUGCUGGGGCUCGUGUCUAGAAGGCCUGCAGGCCUCAAAGUGACGGCGGCGCUGCGGCGCUUGCAGAGCACUCUGGUGAUCGCCGAGCACAGCGAUGCGGCGCUCGCACCGGUCACCCUCAACGCCAUCGCGGCCGCCACGCGGCUCGGCGGCGACGUCUCCUGCCUCGUGGCCGGCACCAACUGCGCGCCGGCUGCACAGGCUCUCAAGAGCGUGAAGGGCGUGGGGAGAGUGAUCGUGGCGCAGAACGACGCCUACAAAGGCUUCCUGCCCGAGGAGCUGACUCCACUCAUCCUCGCCGUGCAGACACAGUUCCAGUUCACGCACAUCUGUGCUGGCGCCACGGCGUUCGGGAAGGGCCUCCUGCCGCGUGUAGCUGCUAAGCUGGACGUGUCUCCGCUGUCGGACGUCCUCGAGGUCAAAUCUCCCGACACGUUCAUCCGCUCCAUCUACGCCGGCAACGCCCUCUGCACCAUCAAGUCGAACGACAAGGUCAAGGUCCUGACCUUCCGCGGCACGGCCUUCGAGGCCGCCGAGGCCCAGGGCGGCUCGGCCAGCGAGGAGGCAGCGGCCUCCGUGCCCGCGGCCGCGGGAGUCUCGCUGUGGCUGGAGCAAAGCCUGACCAAGAGCGACCGGCCGGAGCUCACCAGCGCCAAGGUGGUCAUCUCCGGAGGCCGCGGCCUCAAGAACGGAGAGAACUUCAAGCUGCUGUACGACCUGGCAGACAAGCUGCACGCCGCCGUGGGAGCGUCGCGUGCGGCCGUGGACGCUGGCUUCGUGCCCAACGACAUGCAGGUCGGCCAGACGGGCAAGAUGGUCGCCCCGGAGCUGUACAUCGCGGUGGGCAUCUCUGGCGCUAUCCAGCACUUGGCAGGAAUGAAGGACAGCAAGACCAUCGUCGCCAUCAACAAAGACCCGGAGGCGCCGAUCUUCCAGGUGGCCGACUUUGGGAUCGUGGCCGACCUCUUCAAGGUUGUGCCGGAGAUGACCGCACUUCUGGAGACGAAGUAAAGAGAGAGGCAGCGUGCCCCGAGCGCUUGGUUGCCGUGAGCGCCGCUUUUGCCGUUGCCGGGGUGGUGCACCAAAUGACGCUCGUCACUUUUGCCGCCCCGCUCACCCUUGAUAAUUUGUUGCUGUUGCUGCGUUGGCAGUGGGCCUCUUCGGUCAGAGAUUUCGGGGGUAACAGAGACACCCACGGGCUCGCACGGAUACCCGCAGACUCGCAGACACCCACAGACACCCACAGACACCCACAGACACCCACAAACUCACACAGACACCCACA